GCCCUGCGGGUGCGGCUGGAGGAGACCGGGGAGCUGUUCCGCGUGCCCAACUGCCGCAGCGACAUGACCGUGCGGGAGCUCAAGGAGGAACUGGACCUCCUGGCCGGCCUCCCCUUCAACCUGCAGCGGCUCCGGUACCUGGACCAAGGAGUUUUGAUGGAUGAUGCUACGCUGAAGUUCCAUGACGUUGUUCCUGGUGGAAUUAUUUCAUUAUGUAUCUGGCAUUAUGAUGGAUGGACGGAGCUGGUUUUGGCAUCAGUGGAAGGGGACCCUAGUAAGCUCUCAUGUCUAGGAAUCACUGAAGAUUCUUUCUAUCGAACUGCAAAUUCUGAACAUUUCCAGGGCAAGGCCUGGAAGAACUGGACAGCCCAGAGAGCCUUCGUGGCGUUGUAUGUCACAUCGCACAGAGGUCAUUUCGAUGCUGUACAAUUCCUUCUGGAACAUGGUGCCAACUGUCUGAGCAAGUCACCUGUGGGCAGGACCGCCCUGCAUGUGGCUGCCGCCAUGGGCCGGGUGGACUGCAUCAGCCUCCUGCUAGAGUACGGCGCCUCCAUCAACGACAAAGACGCCAAGGGGGAGACCCCCAUCUCCGUCGCCCGCCGGCUGAACCGCAAACAGAGUGAGCGGCGCAUGUUCCUCAUUCACUGGAUGACCAGGUCCGGAGCCAGGAGCUUGGUGGACAAGGUCAUAAGGAGGAUGUCCCAGCGAGCCAAGGCUGCGUCGGGCUCCAAGAAGUCCCAAAUGUAG